CCUCGGCACUCUAUUCUUUCUUCCCUCAUCAACUCAACUCAAAAGCAUUUCUUCUCUUCUUCUAUUUCCUCGCUGUAUUCUCAUUAUCUCCAGUCUAGAAAUUCUUGCGCAAUAUCUCAGCCACGUCCGUACUAUCGCAUUUCAAUCAUUCUCAUGAGUACAAUAACAUCGCAGCCAACUGAGGGGGACUGGCUGGACCGUAAGGACUUGAUUAGAUACGAGUAUCUAGUCAACGACAGAUCGCUAAAAGAUUUGGUGAUCUUACUGAGAGCUCAAGGAUUGCAUACUACAAAAGGGCAGUUGGAAUAUAGGCUUAGGAACUGGAACUUCUCCAAGAACAUUGACAAGGAGACAUGGCAGUACGUUAAACGGAAGAUUCGCAAGCACCAAGAUAAGGGAAAGGACAGUGAUGUUAUAUAUUGUGGCAAGGUAUGGAAAAAGGCCAAAAUCACAAAAGAAAUCAAUCGUCACCGAAGAACAGAUAUCAUGGCUCGAUUCGAAACAUAUCAGUAAAGUCCAUCUUAAGAUUCUGCUCUAACAUAAACCAUAACAGCUCCGCCAUCUCCAACGAAUCCACAGCUUAGUAUUUAUACUCCACCAGUCGUCCAGAUGAGCUUUGAGUGGCCCUUUUCUCUCCCGUGGCUCCGUCUGCAAAAUACUUCUUAGGAUAGCAAGUUACUCUAAGGACCAAGUAGUCAUAAUAUCUUACACGUAUUAAAUAGUCACUAUUAACGCUUCGAGUUCGAAAGACAUAGCAGUCCAUCGAGAUAAUCAAGCCGAUGUUGUGCUGUCGCUGGUGAUCAGACUCUUGGCCCCUCGUAGCGAGGAGAAC